AUUAGAAAUCUCAUUCACCAAAAUAAGCCCCUCACUGCAUUACUUCUAAUUGGUUUUCUAAAAGUAAUAAAUGUUUUUCGGGUAGAAUCUAAAAGACAAAAAAAAGAUUUAGUUAAUCAACACAGUCCCGUCAAGAGGCUGUUGUCCCGUUUAGCCCUCACCCUGCCAGGACGAUCGGUACGUCUCCUGGGGCAGACAGGAGGAGUCCGGCUUUUUAAGUCUACACAGACGCCCCUCAAGAGGAAUCCUUGGAUUAUGCCAACAAUGAAACCAGGAAAGUCCUUAAUACCCAAGAAGGAUUUUCAGAACUUGACCCGAAGGAAGUACUCUCGGGAUUCCGAGGACCGAGAGCGGUCCCAUUUGGAGAGCCGCUCCAAGGGCCCUUCUCUAAAGGAUCGGCUGAUGGGGCCGCCGACUGAGAAUGCCUACGGAAUGGGUAAGGGUGCCGUGGCUGGGGCUGCCCUGAUGGGUCUUGUUGGCCUUUGCUAUUACGGUUUGGGCCUAAGUAAUCAGCCCAGUAUCUACGAUCAUUCCGUGAUGUGGCCGCAGUAUGUGAGGGACCGCAUUCAUGCCACUUACGCCUACUUUGGGGCAUCCUGUGCCGUAACAGCAGCUUCCGCGGCUGCCAUAUUCCAAUCGGAGUCUAUGAUGGCCUUGAUGACGCGUUCUGGGUUGAUUGCGUCUCUGGUGACCCUUGGCCUGGUGAUGGUUAGUGGCGCCGUGGCCCAGAGCAUGGAGUAUCACCCAGGCUUGGGAGCCAAGCAAAUAGCCUGGGCUGCUCACUGUGCCAUCCUGGGCGCUGUUCUGGCGCCUAUGUGCCUUCUAGGAGGUCCUAUACUGACCAGAGCCUUCCUCUACACCGGCGGAGUGGUGGGAGCCUUGUCCACUGUGGCCGCUUGUGCGCCCAGCGAGAAAUUCCUCCACAUGGGCGGACCCCUGGCCAUCGGGUUGGGUGUGGUCUUUGCCUCAUCUUUGGCUUCCAUGUGGCUGCCGCCCACCACAGCCGUGGGGGCGGGGCUGGCCAGCAUGUCUAUUUAUGGCGGAUUGAUCCUAUUCAGCGGAUUCCUCCUGUAUGACACUCAGCGGAUUGUGAAGGCGGCCGAGCACCAUCCGCAGCACAGCCAAUACCUAUUCGAUCCGAUCAACCAUGCCCUGGCCAUUUACAUGGAUGCCCUCAACAUCUUUAUUCGAAUUGCCAUUAUUUUGGCAGGAGAUCAGAGGCGGAAGAAGUAGUGUCAAAAGUGAGAGCAUACUUGGAAAAACUGGUGAAAAUUUAAAACAUUUUCAAGUCUCGAUUCGAAAUUGAACAAAAU